AAUAUCAGCGCAAGAUUGAAUAGUUGAUACUUAUUUUGCAAAGGAAAUGUGGAUAUCUCAAUAAAUCGCAAAAUAAAGUAGCUAGCCUUUCACUAUUUACUCUUCACAGCAAUGCACUGAACUCUUGAUGGCGCAACGUAGUUCAAAGGAAUUUCUCAUCUGCAUGGCGCCGUUCUCUUAGAGGUUUGUGGUGUUCAUUGUUAUCUGAUCUUCGUCAAAAUAAGUCUUAUCUGUAGGAACGUCAACGAUUGCAAUGAACUUCACGUUAUAAGACUAGAAAAAUAUGUUUCCAUUAAAUUUUAGGUGUAUCUUAUUUGUAUUUGUGAAGUUCUUUUUCUUAGCUACCGGUGGUAAGUGCUUUUACAGGAGCUAAUAGUGUAAUUUAUCUCAGUUAAUGUGAACUCGUUAAUAAAUAAUUUUUUUGUAAGCUUAUUGUAACUCUGGACUAUUUUCUUUGGCCAUGGGGCAUACUUUUUUGUAGGACUUUUAUUUUUGUAAAGAUCUAUCAAGUUUUAUAUGACUAUUCUUUGUCUAAGCUAAAAGUAUAAAGCGUAGCUUGACUCUUUAAAGCUCACUAACUAAGUCACCCUUUUCUGCCAUUUUGAUACGGUCAAUAUAUGUGGGGGCGGGGUGGGGGGCGAGGACGACAGCUCCCUAAGUUGUUUUAAUUUUAGUUUUUACUGCUAGGGUUAUAUGUAAGUAUAAAAAAUGCUGUGGCUAUAUGCCUGACAGGCUGGAAGGGUCUCAAAAAAAAAAACUAAAUGUGCGGCAGUCAGAAAAUUUUGUAGAAUUUCUAUGAAGUCCCUUUCCCUAACCUCUUGAAAGUAUUCUAUCUUUGGUUAGAAUUUCAGUAUUUGUAACUUGAUUUUUAAUUCUUUGUAAUCACAGUCAGAGAAUACAUUAGACUGUACAGAUUUUUUUGUUUAGAAUCUUUUUGUAGUUUCUAAUAUUUUAUUGUAAUUUUUGAUUGUUUCAAAUAUGUUUUAGAUCCGUUGUCAUUGUAGUUUUUACUGUGGUCGUGUCCAUCAUUUGUUUGAAAGAGUUUUAUUGUGAACUCAAGCUCAAAAUAACAGUCGGUCAAUAGACAAUCUUUUUCCAGAAAUAUGGCGACUUGACCGACCAAAAACUUCACUCACCAGUCAUGUUAACCGGACACACAUUCCCUAAUUUUUGAACAAACAGCCAAAUCAUCAACUGUAAAUCGUAGAUUUUGUCUCUUUAUAAAGAUUCAAUCACAUUCACAAAUAGAAAAUUACACGAGGAUUAGUUAACUUUUUUUCCAAUUUUAAGCGCAAUUCCUCUGUUAUAGUAAAUGUUUAAUGUCUCUCAUCAAUUUUGCAUUUCUUUCUUUUUUUAGUGCAGUGCAAUAAUCUUCACAAAUCAAGUUACCAGCAAUGGGAAUAUUUGCAAUACUGUCAAGAUUUGUGAGAGUGUUGUUCCAUUAACCUAGGGGUGCUGUUCUCAUUCAGUCUGGAUUUAAAAAUGGCGCCAAUUGUUCCAAAAACUCAUGAAGGCGGUGCACAAACACCUUCAUCACCCGGGCAACACAAAACGUUUACCUUUGAAAUAAAGGAGAAAUUUGUUGGGCAGUCUGUUAUGAUGUCACUAUGGUUUGUCUUCAGUUUUGGAUCUAUUAUAUCAAACAAGUACAUUUUGUCGACAUUAGACGGUGAUGCUGGCAUCCUUGGAGAGACACAGAUGAUCUGUUCUGUUAUUUUUGGGGCUCUCAAGAUGUACCUCCCUUGUUGCUUGUUUCAUCGAACCUCUGGCCAUCAUCAAGAUGGACAUAAGUUUCAUUUCUUUCGUAACAUGGCGAUUCUAGGCUGGAUGAGGUAAUGAUUGAACAUCUUUUAUUUCUUAGAAGCACCAUUGAUAAUAUAAUAUAAUUUAUAUAUCAGGGUUGUCAGAAAGUUUUGAAGUAGAUCAGGCUGAGUUGCCAAAGUAUUCAUCCAGUCCAGGGAUAUUUUAUUUAAAAAAAUGCCAUCUGUAAAGAAAUGCCAAGCAGAGUAGCUGGUCGAUUCUAACCAAGUAGGUGGCAAUCUUCGCAGGCAGCCGGCUACUUUUGAGAACCCUGAUAUAUGCUGUGAAACUUGCAAUAAGUUGAUAUUGAUUUAAUAGGAUAUCUUGCCAACAGAGUAGCCUGAGAAGACAGCCAAAAUUUUGAGAUGGAAUCCCCGGUUCCUCGUAAAAUCAGACAUUUGAGAAACAAGUGCAGAAAUUCCAUACUGAUGAUGCAACACUUACCCAGAUCUGGGUAGUGAAUUCUAAGCGGCUGAAAAUUUGGUUCAUCCAAUCAAAAGUACUACCUGGAUCCGUAGUGACAUGUUAACAGAAUAAAAAUUUUUGAGCUCAUUUCUCAGACAUCAUCUCGCAAGGAAACCAGCGGUGGUGUUGCAAAAUGUUGGCCAUUCUCUCAGGCGAGACCAGAGCGAAGGUAGAAGUGUCCAAAGGGUGAUUGGGUGGAGACAGGUGAUGAAAACAGUUUCAAAUGAAAACAAUAGUCAUUGAUAGUAUGUAUAAAAGUUUUUGCACCCAUUUCUCAGACAUCAUCUCAGCGGGAAAUCCACGCUGGUUUUCACCAGAAAUUGGUCAGAUUUUUCAUGAUAAAUAUAUUUGGAAUAAUAAAAAACACUUUCCAAGUUGGGCUCUGACCAAUACCCUGUCUUAAUGACUUGGAGACCUAAAAAAUGGGACUUCAAAGAGUCAAAAUCCAAAAAAUUUCCUGAGGGAGCCGGUCCCGAACCCCACUUGAAGCUUGCAACUUGUGCUAGGCGGGAUUGAGCAGAGAGGGGUUAUGAAAACAGUUUCAACAAACGAUAGUCACUGCAUGCUCACGACCUAUAGUAAUUUAUGAAAUAACUAAGAUAAUACGCGCGCUCUGAUUGGCCAAAAACCUAUGGUUUAUUGUGCCGGUAAACUCAUAGAAAACUUAAAAUUAUUUUAUAAAAGCAAUAGACCACACUUUCUAUGGGUUUACCGGCGUGAUAGCACACGCGGGAUGUUGGGAGAACACUCGAAUAGCUUGUAAAUCACUCGCCUUUGGCUCGUAAUUUACAAGCUUUUCUCGUGUUCUACCAACAUCCUGCGUGUGCUAUCACACCGGUAAACCCAUAGAAAGUGUAGUCUAUUGCUUAAUCAGUUUCUUGUAUAUUGCUAGUGACCCUGUAUCUUCUUUUUCUUUAAAUUUAUCCUUAAGAGGACGUAACGUUUGUGUUAUAUUUCUAGCAACUCCGAAAGAUAGUUGAAUUUAAGCUUUAAUAAAUAAAAUUAAUGAGGAAGAGAAAGAGAGAAUUGUUGAUUGUGACUUAUGAGUGUUGGACAAGAUUAAACUCUUGAACAAACUCUCUAACAGGUCAUGUGUUCAAAUGACUAAUUUUUUUCUUUUUUUCUACAUGGGUGCUUGUGGCAUAAUAAACAUUAAUACAGUAGAACGACAGUAACUUGAACUCUGAAGGGAAACGAAAAACAGUUCGAGUUACGUGUAUAAGCAGAGAAAUUGAGUUGGGUAUAAAUUUCAGUGAAGUUUUCAUUUAAAAGGGAAAGGAAAUUCAGUUCAAGUCAGUGAGGAAUUUGAGUUUUCCAAGUAUAUUUUUAUCUUAUAAUGAUAACAUUUUUGCUGUUUCCCUUAAGAUUUGCAACAAUUGUUUGCUCUCUCAUUACUCUCAAGUAUGUUGCUGUUUCAUUCUCUGAAACGGUGAAAUCUUCAGCACCAAUAUUCACUGCAAUUAUUGCUUGGAUAAUGCUAGGUCAGUGAAAAAUAGUUAUUUCUUAAUUUUAAUUUUAUUAUUUUGUUAAAUGAAAUGAACAUAAUAAAUUUAAUUAACCCAACUUUUAUUGACUGCUGGCUUAAAAGGAGAUUUUGGCUAUCAUUGUUUGUUAUAAUAAUAUUUUUAAAUCUCGUUCUGGCCUGACUAGCUGAAUUUGUCCUCAGCCCAGUUAAAGUUCGCUGCAGAUUCCAAAGAAAAAAAAUCAAGUUUCCUUUUGUAAAAUAUGAAGAAAUAAAUAGACCAUGUGAAAGUAUUGCUGAAGGGGUUUCAUUAAUGAAUGGUAACACCAUAGGAUUUCAUCUGCAGACGCAAAAGUUAGAACUAUACAUACUAAAUAAACAGUACCAUGUAAAAGUAUUGCUGAAGGGGUUUCAUUUGAAUGGUAACAGUAAAGGAUUUCAUCCACAGACUCAAAAGUUAGAACUACAUACUAAAUAAAUAGUACCAUGUGAAAGUACUGCUGAGGAGGAUUCAUUUGAUUCGUAACACCAUUAUAGGAUUUUGUUCACAGACUUUUAAGUUAGGAUUGUCAAUUAAAUCACUUCACCAUAACAUGGUCUAGGGGUUUAGGAUUAAUAGAUAUUAGGGACUUAAAGAUCCAACAAUGUGAAGGCAGCAAGAACUAAAAAAAAAAACAACAGGUUUAAUAAGCGAAACAAUAACUUUGCUCAUGCAUGACACUUUUUUGUACAUUUCUUUGCUGUUUUUGCUUGGAAUUCAACUUCAGGAGUGUUCGCCUACAUUUGAUAAAGUAUAAGUGGAUGUGUAAGGAAUAAUAUUGCUUUCGAGGGUGAUAGAACCCAAGUGAUGUUAAAGUCCCUAUAAUUUAUUGAUAAUGAUACUUAUUAUGUACCAAACAAUUUUGCUUUUGUUAUUUUGCAGGAGAUAAAUCAACUUUAUUAGUAAAUCUUUCACUCAUUCCCAUAAUGGCUGGGCUCUCACUUUGUACAGCUACAGAACUAAGUUUCAACAUGGUUGGAUUUAUUUCAGCUCUUUUAAAUAAUGUUAUGGACUGGUGAGUGAUGCCUAGCUAGCUUAUUUCUGCCGUUACCUAGCUAUUAAACUGAAAGGUCCUUAGAAGUGUCCCAAACAUACAACUUGAAUACUCACCUAAGAAAACAGCCAACAUUACUGGUGGUUUCCUUGUGAAAUAACAUCCAAGAAAUGACCGCAGAAAUUUCAACUGCUGGUGUGUCACUACGCAGAUCUGGGGAGUGCAUCUUAUUGCCUGAAGCCAAUUUCCCACGACCAUUCAAUCAGAUAGUGACAUGUCAUAUAGGUGGGAUUUCUGCGUUCUGGUAUCAUUUUGUGGGGAAACCUGACAUAGUGAAAUGUCAGCUGUUUUCUCAACCUUGUCCCAGGGUGGCGGGUAGGAGAGAACCCUGGGAAUGAGGUUGAGACUGAUAAUUAACUCACUUUAAAAGAUUUCCUUUUACUCUCUCCUGUACUCUCUAUAAUAUAUAGUGAGGGUUAAAAGAAAGUUAUGAACAACAACAACAACAACAUUUCGAAGAAGGCUGGUGGUUACUCACAGUGUCGCCAGUUUUUGUGUUACAUUAUCAGUGAGCAAGGAAUUAAACUCUGGACUGCUGAGGGACAAAUACAUUUACAUGUUGUUUUCGAAGUUAGACUUGAACACAGGAUUGCGAUUCCAGUGUACUGACUACUCAGCCACGCUGUCACUUCUCCCAGGCGAUAUAAGCCUAUCAGAAAAGUAGAAUUGUUUUGAUUUUAAUUAAUAAUGAUUAUUAAAUGAUUAUAUUAUUAGUUGUAGUAAUAAUAAAAUUAGUAUUAUUGUUUGGUAGUUUUCAGAAUGUAUUUUCCAAGAAGCUUCUAAGUAGUGAGCAUCCUUAUAGGUAAGAACUCAUUUGAUAGUCUGCAAGCAGAUGUUUGCUAUAUAUUACCUUUAAGCUGCAUGCAUUCAGGUGCAACAAAGGAAAUAGCUAGGAGAUAUCUGCACACAGGCUUGCUCAUAAUGUUGAUCAUGAUCAGCUUUUUCCCUUCUAAAACAGCAAGCAGUCAAGUCUUAAACUUGACAGCUUCAAAAACAUCUAUAUUUUUUCCAUUGGUCAUGAGUGAGGACACUGGUCAAAUACGAAAGGGCGAGAGUGAGUGUAAAAACAGAGAUAACGUAUUCCUUCAUUGUAGCCUCGCAUGAAUAUGUGUUGAUUUUUCCUGUAAAACAGCUUUCAUAAGUUAUCAUGUGAUGAGUGCAAAAACUCGUGUUUGAAGUGCUGCUGUUUGUUGUGUGACUGAACUGAGUUUUGAGAAAGUUAAUCGGCGCUAUUAAAUUGUGAGUCAUGAUUGGCUUAUGGUGACUUUAAAGAGAAGACAUGACUUGAUCACAGUACUAAAAGGAAUUAAGGGCUUAUUAGAGAGGUGGGUGGGACUUAAUAGAGGAUUUACAAUUAAGCUGAAUUAUUUAUACGCUUAACAUUAGUUAAUUCACAGUUUUCUUUUUCAGUCCCCCAGAACUUCAGUUCUAUACAAGUGCUGCUGCAAUUGCUGUUCAACUACCUUUCUGGUUCUUUAUGGUUAGGUUUUGCUCAAUUAUAUAGUAACAGUAAUAUUUAUGAAAGAAAGCAGUUUAGAAAUCCUGCUAACCAAACACGUGUAAACAAGCUGGUUAUGUAGCCAAUCAAGAUUUUAGUUCAAAGGCACAAAAUUAUUGGCCGUUAUCACACUAGAGAUGAAUUAUCCGUCUGAGAAGGGUUAUCCGUUGGAUAAUUCGCACCAGACAGAUAACACAACUUUAAUUAUCUGAAAAUGGAACGAUUUUAAUUUUUGAUGAACAAUCUGCCUUACUUUAUCCAUCUGUUCAUCCAUCAAUUUUUCUGGAUUUUGAAGAUGGAUAUCCGUCUCUAGUGUGAAAGCAGCCAUGUUAUUGGCCUUGAAAAGGGUAGAUUUCAUUGUGAGUUUUAAUUUAGAUUUAUCAUUAGUAUACCUGCCAACUUUUUCUGAGAUAUAAGCGUGAGAUUUUUAUCCUUGGAGCUCUGGGAUUUUGGAAGACGACACGAUCAUUUCCGAAGAUAUCCCGAAGAAGUCCGAAGUCUUCUGAAGAAGUCUGAAGUCUUCCGAAGACGUCCGAAGUCUGCCGAAGGCGAAGUUAUCGAGAAAACGCUUAUCCACAAAAUCAGAGAUCGCGAGGAAGGUAUUGUCAUUUAUUCAUUUUACACAUGGUUUUCGCUCCUUACAUGGGUCUGAGUUAACAUAUUUUUGGAAAUUGUGUCAAGCAAGAUGGCAACAACUCACAUUUUUCAAUCAGGCAUGAGAAAUUGGCCCGCAAGCGUGAGCCGGCAUGAGAUCGAAGUUUUCAACCCUUAGGCGUGAGACUCACUCCUAAGGCGUGAGAGUUGGCAGGUAUACAUUAGACUGCUUGCAGUCCAGCUAAUUGCUCUCAGCUCUUAUUUUACUCACUGUGAUUGCAAACAAUCAUCGGACGUUACAAUAAGAGAUUUAAUAGGAUAAGUUGAAAAAAGACAGACUGUGGACUCUUCUGUAGCAAACAAACCCACUGUCAGCCCAAAAAUUGAGUAGCUGAUUGGUCAAUUUUAGAGCUGGUGACAGAUCAUUGACUGGUCUGUUACCCAGGUUAAUUGGUUAAUGAAAUUAUCUUGAAAGCUUUGGUGUCCCCAGACAGAGUGAAAGAGUCAACAGUCUCUUAUUUUUUCUUCUUGGGAUUAUGCACUUGUUUGUUGCACUCAUGUGCAUGUCUGAGGGUUUUGCAUGGAGAAUUUGCAAAGGAAAAUAAGACACUACUUUAAUAAUAAUUAUUAUUGCAGUCUAAGAAAUCAUUGUGUUGGUCGAAAUUCAAAUCAAAGGCAAUAAAAUUUAACAUUGGACUUAGUUAGGUUAGACUGCAUUGUUAGUUGUAAACAUUUAUCUUUUUUUUGUUUAAUUUUGUUCAAGGAGUGGCCCAGUGAAGUGAAGUUGACAGAGGACAGAUUUUUAAUAUUUAUUUUUUUAUUAAAUGGAUUCAUGUUCUACAUGCAAAGCCUUACAGCCUUUGGACUCAUGUCACUGAUAUCACCAGUUACAUUCAGGUAUGGCUUUAUAAAUUACUUUCCACCAGUUAUCAUAAAUAGUUUACAAAGCAAGGCUUUUUGUCAUAAUAAUGACAGUAUUCCCAACGGUCACCAGAAAAUGGCUUUAUUAUACAGGCUGUCAUUAUUGUAAUGACAACACCACAAUGGUGGAAAUUUAAGGUGGCCAUGGCUAUUAGUGUAGAUGUUUAAGGUGUUAUAAACCCUUUAAAUAGUGACCAACAUCAGUUUUCUCCUAACGAUAUCCAUAGAUUGUCAAGAGUAAAGUCUAUGCGAAUUAAUAAAAUGAUCACAAAGAGAAAACUCUUUGAUCUUUUAUCAAGUUCUCCCAGCUAAUUCUUUAAGGAAAUGUAUAGAGAUAAAAAAGUCUGGAGAAUUUGUAAGUGGAUAUUAGGGCUUGAAGGGUUAAUACUAGAUAGUUUGGUCCCCUUAUUUACUGUGCUUUUCAAAAACUUGUGAACUCUGAAGUUUGAAAGCCACCUUCAUGAAAUACAUAGAUUUCAUUGGGAAUUUGACUGUGAUGAUGCAGUUAUCAGGCUUUUCCCUGCUAUUUUUUUAAAAGCUGUGGAAAAUGUUACAUGAAAAUGAGCAUCACUUAGGCCCUUUCUUCUUGGACCCCAAUUUAUAAUAAUUAUUAUAAUAAUCUUAUCAGCAUCUGAGUAUUUGUAAUUUUGAAGCCCAAGAAAGCAGCUGACAUUUUGCAAUAUGCCACCAAUGGGUCCCUCGCAAAAUUGAUGUCUGAGGAGUGUGCACAGAAAUUUCAUACUGAUGAGGCUGCUUCUGAUUUGGGGGUACUUUAGGAAUUUCUGGGUGGGGAUGUGCCGCUGGGACCCUGGAACCCUUAACCUAUACUAGAGUACACUCCCCAAAUCCCCCCGAUCCUAGAGUAGCUGUUUUCCAGAAACUACUGAGGUCACUAGCACAGUAGUCUAGCUGAAACAAAACCUUAUAGCGCAAUCCCUAAUUAUCUAGAAAAAAACCUUCAACCAACUGAUCAUUUUCCUGAAAAAUGAUACCCUAUUCUAGACCCAAACGCUCUGAUUUAUAUACCCUAUCCUAGAGUAAACUGCUUGAAAACCAUACCCUUCACAGCGGCACAUACCUAUAUAGCCCAUACAUGGCAGUACCCAGCCCCCCCCGGGCUUCUGAUAGAUUGAAAAUUUGUUUCAACCACAGUGUCUGAAAUACUACCCAGAUCUGGGUAGUGAUGAUAUGCGUGAUCACUAUGGAAUUUCUCUGCUCGUUCCUCACGCUCAGAUGUCAUUUCAUGAGGAAACCAGCGCUAGUGAUGCCACAAAUUGUUGACUGUUUUCUCAAGAUUAGUAUUUUUGUUGUUUUAGUGUAUCCAAUACAGUGAAGAGGGCAGUUCUGAUUUGGCUGUCAGUGCUGGUGUUUGGUAAUGAAGUCAGUGUCCUUGGUGCUGUCGGUACCAUCAUGGUCACAUGUGGUGUCUUCCUUUACCAAAAGGCAAAGAAUCAGCAGAAACUCUUCAAGGAAAAGGCAAAAGCAGAUAAGGAACAUGAUAUUGUGUGAUUGGGUAUCAACCAUACCGACCCUAGAGAGUGGUUAAGAGUGGCCGGUCUCAAUCCCAUUUCACAGGAAAUAAAACACUCCUUUUUAAAUUCUGCAUGAAAAUAACAGACAUAACAAAAAGUACGGUUCAUGGUGAAUUAAACAUUUGUUUUAUUUCCCAUUUUGCACCAACACGCUUCGCAGCCACCAUGGAAAUCACAAUUUAUGGAGAAAAAAGUAAGCCAUGAACAUUUCACAAGAAAAAAAUAGGACCAAUCAUGAGUCAAAAAGGUCAUGCCCUUCACCAUUGUAACUGGUUGUGGCAGGGGGGGAGGGAG